AUGGAGUCUCUAGAUGUUCCCUUGGCGCCUGAGUCUACUUUCGUGAGGAUGAGAAAAGGUUACUCCCGAUCUCGGCUUCAGCUUGAGCCCGCACAACGGCCAACAUGGGGUAGAUCAAGUCGAGGAUCCUGGAUACGCUCAGUCGGCUCACUGCUUCUUGUGAUGCUUGCGCCGACCUUGGUCAUCUCCACGACCGUAGCUAUUUCUGCAUUCCAAGGCUCUCUGUCCGACUUUCUGAAGGCUGCUUUGCAAGAUGGAUUGAUUUCUGUCGUAUGGUCAAAUUGGCCAUGCUUCAGUCUCAAGUCCACUGGAGUGUUUGCACUCUGGGUCCUCUUUCAAGGCAUCCUGUUUCGAUAUUUGCCAGGCCCAAUACACGACGGCCAGAGAAGUCCUGCCGGCCAUCUAUUGACCUAUCGUACCAAUGGGCUCAAUGCCUGGUUCGUGACCCAUGCAUUUGCCGCUGCGCUUUGCUAUUUCGGCCUCUUGGAUCCUGCCUUCAUCCCGAAGAACUGGGGUGGCCUGGUCCUCACAAUGAAUGCUGCUGGUCUCUUGCUUUCUGUCUUGGCCUUUAUCAAAGCGCACUUCAGGCCAACCCAUGCGGAUGACCGAAAGUUCAGUGGAUCCAUAUUUUAUGACUUUUACAUGGGGAUUGAGCAUAACCCAAGACUUUGGGGCGACUUUGACCUGAAACUGUUCACCAAUGGCAGACCGGGCAUAAUUGCAUGGACACUCAUCGAUUUGUCCAACAUCGCAUAUCAGUACGAGAUCCACGGACGGAUCGAUCCCAACAUUGUUCUUGUCACCAUUCUGCACGCAGUAUACGUCCUUGACUUCUUCGUUAAUGAGUCCUGGUACUUGCGCACCAUUGACAUUGCUCACGACCACUUCGGCUUCUACCUCGCUUGGGGGUCCUUUGUCUGGCUCCCUAGCAUGUAUACCAUUCAAACCCAAUUUCUUGGGCUCUACCCAACAAGAACCUCAACUUUUCACCAGGUCGCCAUAUUCUCUGUCGGAGUUGCCGGGUACAUCAUCUUCCGGGCCGUCAACAGCCAAAAGGACAGGGUUCGUCGUUCUAACGGUGAUUGCUACAUUUGGGGGAAUCCGGCAAAGGUCUUGGUAGCAUCUUACAAGACUUCGGACGGCCAGAGUCAUCAGAGCCUUCUUAUUUGCAGUGGUUGGUGGGGCUGGUCGCGUCAUGCCAACUACUUUGGAGACUUGCUUCUCAGUACAGCGAUGUGCGCUUUAGUGGGAUCUUCAAAGUGCUUGAUAUGGUUCUAUGCGAUGUUCAUGACAAUCUUGCUCGUACACCGAUGCAUUCGGGAUGAGGCAAGAUGCUCGGCCAAGUAUGGGCCGGUUUGGGAGGACUACUGCAGAACUGUUCCGUGGCGAAUCGUACCUGGAAUUUGGUGA